AUGCCACGCUACUUGAGCACGCGACGCUUCUGCCGCUGUGGCAAGAACAAAAUUAGCAUAUUGAAUCCAUGCGGCAACUGCUGCCAGCUCACGCUCCACAAAUUGCUGCUGCUGCUGCUGCUGGCGCUGAUCUGUCUGCUGUGGCUGCUGCAAAGUCAAAGAGUUGAUAAGACAAAUGUUGUCACCAAGUUAUACUAUCCACGCAUCUUUUGCAUCAUUGUGACCUAUGAGUAUCUUCAUCAGUACAGCGCGGUACACUUGAAGCGCACUUGGGUGCAGCACUGCGAUCGGCAUUUGUUUGUUAGCGAUGCGCAACAUGCGGAGCUGGAACCCGCCGUAUUCUUGGGCUUGACGGACAAAUGGCAACGACUGCGCGCUCAGCUCGAAUAUGUUUACAAUUAUCACUACGCUGAUGGCGAUUGGUUUUUGAUAGUCAAUGAUGAUAACUUUGUAGUUGUGGACAAUCUAAGGCAUAUGCUGCUUCCUUAUAAUCCAAAGCAACGCACUUACUUUGGCUGCAAGCUCAAAUCAGCGCAGAAUCAGACUUAUAUGUACGAUCGUUCAGGCAUUGUGCUCAGCAGCGCUGCUCUACAGCAAUUCGUGCUCAAGGCUCUGCCGAACGAAACUAUUUGCAGCUCCGGUCCACAGGACAAUAAGUCGACACUCGAGCUCGCUCGCUGCUUAGACGCUGUGCAAGUUGAAGCUGGUAACAGUCUCGAUCACUUGGGUCAUCAUCGCUUUCUGCCUUUCACACUUGCUGUGCAUCUACAUGGGCAAUUGAAUGUGUCGAUUGACAGCCACAGCUACUUCUUGGAGCAUUCCUACUACGAAGUUAACAAUCUCAGCAUAGCCGUAUCGAACAGCUAUAUCUGCCAACAAAUUCAUUAUAUGCCAAUUGCCUACGAUCGCAAUUAUAUGAUAUAUAAUGUUAAACUAUUUGGAGUUGAUCGAACGAUUACAGCAGUAAGUCACUUGAAGUCGCUUCAAAAGCAAAAAUCUCAGCCUUUUUCUUUUAAAAAGUUACUUUAAUAACAAUAAAAUAACAA